AUGGCAGCCAAACCCCAAAAGCCGUUCUCCUCCCAGCCUGGACGAAAACCGUCAUUCAAAGGAAAAGGAAAAGACUUGGCGGGGACCAAAUUCGGAGGGAAACCUGGAGCGAAAAAACCCUUCAAGCCGUACAAGAACACAGAGAAGAAGAGCAGACCAGGAAAACCAAACGAUGGCAGAAAACCAGGUUUCUCUAAAGCUGAGAAGAGGAAACGACCAGCAGGGGGCGGCGGUCCGCCGGCGAAGAGGGAGAAGAACGGCAAGAAGCCGCCGACCACAGAAGAAGAGCUGAAGAAGCGACUGCAGAAGAAGAGGGAGCUGAAGAACAACCGGCAGCAGGCGGAGAGGAAGGAGAUGUUUGACAUCAUCAGCCGCUGCAAAGCAGUAUGGGGGAAUCUCCGGAGGAAGAAAUGUGACACAGAGCAGAAGACGAAGCUGAUGAAGGAGCUUCAUGGACUGAUCCGUGGGAAGAUAAAGCAGAUGGCGUUUGCCCACGACUCGGUCCGAGUCCUCCAGUGUUUCAUUCAGUUCGGGAACCAGAAGCAGCGAUUUGAGGUGUUUGAGGAGCUGAAAGACAGCGUCCUCGACAUGUCCAAGUCGCCGUACGGGAAACAUGUGGUGAAGAAGCUGCUGAUGUACGGGAACAAGGAGAUGGUGGCCGCCAUCAUCCAGUUGUUCGGUGGUCACAUUCGCAAGAUGCUCCGCCACGCCACCGCCUCCACCAUCGUCGAGUACGCCUACAACGACAAGGCGAUGCUCGCUCAGAGGCUGAUGAUCACCGGCGAGCUGUACGGGAACACCUACGCCAUCUGCAAGUCGUUGGAGCUCAACACCAUCGAGAAGGUGUUGGCGGCGAACCCGGAGAAGCUGGAGAACAUCCUGGAGGAGACCAAGCAGGCCAUCGUGCCGCUGGCGCAGAAAGAACAGGUCAUCAGGCAUUCUGUGGUCCAUAAAGUCUUUCUGGAUUUCUUCCAGUUUGCACCUGAAAAGCAAAGAUCGGAGAUGAUCGAGUCCAUCAGGGAGUCUGUGGUCUACAUGGCUCACACUCACGACGGCGCCCGGGUCGCCAUGCACUGCCUGUGGCACGGCACAGCAAAGGACAGAAAAGUCAUUAUAAAAACCAUGAAGACCUACAUGGUGAAGUUCGCCAGGGGGGAGUUUGGUCACAUGGUUCUCUUGGCGAUAUUCGACUGUGUGGACGACACCAAGCUGGUCAAGCAGGCGGUUCUGUCGGAGCUGCUGUCCGUCCUGCCGGAGGUCCUCGGAAACAAACACGGUAAGAAGGUUCUGCUGUACCUGCUGAGGCCCAGAGACCCCACCCACAUGCUGCCGGACAUCGUUAAGCUGCUGGAGCAAGGAGACGGCAACGCACACAGUAAAAAGGACAUGGCGACCCGGCGGCGGGAGCUGCUGGAGGCCGCCUCCCCGGCGCUUUUGGACCAUCUCCAACUGAACACUGCUGCCAUGGUAACGAACAAGGCGGCCAGCGUCACCGUCAGAGACAUCCUGGCGUCGGCGUGCGGCGACCUGCGGCCCGCCAUGACAGCCGUGGCCCAGCUGGCCAAUCAGGAGCUGGUGCAGGGAGGAGUCGAGGGCCAGCUCCACCUGGCCGAACACCCAGCAGGACACCUGGUGCUGAAGUGGCUCAUAGAGCAGGACGCCAUGUUGGCCGAGAACGGCAGGGAGGAGUGCUUCAGCAGGAUCUUGGUGGACACGGUGGGGACGGAGACCAUGAAGAGCUGGGUCAAGGUCAACCGGGGAGCCAUGGUGCUCUGCAGCCUUCUGAACAGCUGUGACGGAUCUGUGGCUGCUGAGGUGAAGGCGGCGCUCACCGCCAUCAUCCCUGAGCUCCGGAGAAUCAGCGACCAUAAAGGAGCCGAAAUCCUGCUGCAAAAUCUGAACAAGUAG